UCGAUGUUAUCACCUGGGUUUGGUCUCUAAAGCAAUGGCAUGAUAAAAUUGUCUGCUGUUUAAAGACCAAUUUUGUUUCAAGUUUUGCGUGAUUUUUUGUUCAAUUCGAAUCGGGAUUGCACAGACACGUUUCUCAGAAUGGCUUUCUCAGGCCAAUUUCUGUGUCCUAGGGCGGUUCCUCGUCGAACUUUUAUCCAAGGCUUCAAUGGAAUUGUCUCUCAUUUGCGCUGCUAUUCAGAGGCCUCCAGGGGGAGCAACCAAGCGAACGAACGUACCUCAUCACAACCUCGUCCCCGCGCAGUGGAUGCAAGAUCCCUCGCAGCUUCGCAUGUCGGAUCCCAAGGGCCAGUUCUACGACCAGCACAGCUUCGUCUCAGAGGACCUCAAUUCGCCAAUCGCCGGCGACCAGGGUCUCCUUUGGCGGCAGCAAACCGUAAACCGCGCCUAGCCUCGAAGAGGGAUCGCCCUAACAAAACGAAACGGUCACCAGGGGAGGAAGAAGGAGGUGAUGCUAAAGAUGCAGAUAUCGAAGGAAUCCUCAAUAAUAAGACCCUCCAAGUUCCUGUUCGCUAUACGCCAGUUCAACACGAUACCUCCAACCUCAAUGAAACCUGGCCAUCUUUACCUAUCGGGAAAACGGCGACGACAGAGUCAGUUUUGGAAAAACUCAAUUUUAUGAGUCGCCGAUAUGCCAAUGGGUAUAUGCCACCUCAGGAACUUGCCAAGAGACUCUUUGAUGGUGACCGUGUCUUUUUCCGUAAUGAAGAGGAAAAGAAGGAAACAAUUGACGAGUUCAAAAAGCUUUCUCAGGAACGAGCAGAUAAAUUGACUCAGCGAAAGGGUGAUAUAGUGGAAGCUGAAGACGCGAAUUUCACUGCUCUCAGCAAUGACGACCGGGAUGCCUUGGUUGGUCAACUAGUCCGGGGAAAUUAUGCGCGCUGGACACAGGACCGCUCGAGUCAUCCUGUGUUGGGGGAAGUGGAGAGACAGCUUCUUAAUAACGAGACCUAUCGUUUUGAAGGGAAACAGUCUGGAUUCGUCACAAAAUUCCAGUCCUUACUAGCAUCCGGACAACCUGCUAAGCGAAGAAGUUAGACGGUUUUCUUUGAUAAUGGGUCAUCAUGUAACAAUUCUUUUCUGUAUAAUACACUUGUCACUUUAAGAGCCAACCUGUUGGAUCCAAAUCUGAGGUUUUGUGGGUUUAAAAUAAAGUACAAUAUGCGUUUCUGGUGGAAAUAUGACCAAAAUCGGGAGACAU